GCUACUCUUCCUCGACCUCCUCCUCCCACCGCAGCCCGCAGCGGACUCCUCUCUCCACCUCUGAUAUCAUAGGUACAUACAUGUACUGAGCUUUGCCCUGGCCAAACACAGCUCCAUAGUGCCCCGUUCCUCGCGUCGCUUCCACCUACCUCCAGGGAGCACUCACUGCACCUCCUCGUUCCCAAGCUGAACAGCAGAAUCUUCUUCUCCAAACACCAGACACGCCAGGCACCAUGACCUCAAAGUAUGGAGAGGGAGGUGCCGUUGGCGGCGAGAGCAUCAACACGGAGAUCGUGACCCUCUCACGAUACUUGAGCGAGGAGCAGACGAAGCACAAGGAGGCCACGGGAGACUUCACAUUGCUCUGCCAUGCCCUCCAGUUCUCCUUCAAGUCGAUAGCAUACUACAUUCGACGAGCUUCUCUGAUCAACCUGUCUGGGCUUGCUGGAUCCUCCAACAUGACUGGAGACGAUCAAAAGAAGCUAGACGUGAUUGGUAACGAUGUCUUCGUUGCGGCCAUGCGAUCGAGCGGACGUGUACGCGUCUUGGUGUCUGAAGAAGAGGAGGAAGCCAUCGUCUUUGACAACAGCCCAAACGCUCGUUACGCUGUUGCCUGUGAUCCAAUUGAUGGAAGCAGCAACUUGGAUGCGGGUGUAUCCGUCGGCACCAUCUUCGGAAUCUACAGACUCGAGGAAGGCGCAAAGGGCACCAAGGAGGAUCUGCUGCGGCCAGGAACCGAUCUUGUGGCUGCUGGCUUCACCAUGUACGGUGCAUCUGCUCAGCUAGUGCUCACGAUGAAGGGUGGUCCAGUGAACGGCUUCACCAUGGACAAUGCCCUCGGCGAGUUCAUCUUGACACAUCCCAACAUGGAGAUGCCCAAGCGUAGAGCGAUCUACAGCUGUAACGAAGGUAACAGCAAAUACUGGCCUGAGCCAGUAAAGGAGUGGGUCGAAGGCCUGAAGAAUGCAGAAAAGCCAUACUCUGCCAGAUAUAUCGGCUCCAUGGUGGCCGAUGCAUACCGUACCCUCCUGUAUGGCGGCAUCUUUGCGUAUCCCGCCGACAAGAAGUCGCCAAAGGGCAAACUCCGGAUUCUCUAUGAGUGCGGCCCCAUGGCCAUGGUUUUCGAGCAAGCUGGUGGCCAAGCCGUCGAUAGCAACAUGCAUCGAAUGUUGACGGUCGUGCCCGAGCACAUACACGAUCGUAGUGGUAUCUUCAUGGGUAGUCACGAGGAGGUGCAAAAGGUCAUUGAUAUCCACAAGAAGCAUGGAAUCUCCGCAUAGGCAGGCGUUGGGCAAGGUAGGUACCUAGUUGAAGAACCACACUUGGUUCGGGUGAGGGUCAAGCACCAGCAGUCCAGCACGACGUUGAAUGCCAAAAAAAAGUCCAUGUCUCGAGCCG